AGGCGGAGAUUAACAACGCUCUCCAGUCCAGCACAUGCAGCAGUGUGUCGGUAAGCUCCGUGGACACAUUCACUGAAACACAACUAGCACUGGAACAACAUUUAAAAGCAACUUCGGUUUACUCUAAAGCUUCAAGUUACUCGUAGGAAUCAAUACGGAAAAGCAGUGUUCCCGAGUGGAGCCUUUUAUCCAGUUUUUCCUCUUUUUCCUGGAGAUGUGUCGCUUGGAGAACUAGUAGCGGACAGCGCUGCACACUGAAGCCGGGAUGAGUGGGAGCUCCGCGGUGUCCGGCGCGGCGCCCUGCCGCUUCGCCCACUACUUUGUUAUCUGUGGGAUAGACACAGAAACUGGACUGGAACCGGACGAAUUAGCAGCUUUGUACCAAUGGCUUGAAGCAGACCGCCAAGGCAGGGAUCCAGAAACUGCAGCCACAGGUGAAAACUUUGAGCAGAGCCCCCUGAAGAGGACGUUCAAGUCCAAAGUUCUGGCACGCUACCCCGAGAAUGUGGAGUGGAACCCCUUCGACCAGGAUGCUGUUAACAUGCUGUGUAUGCCUAAAGGCCUGUCGUUCAGGACGCAGGCAGACCAGCGGGAUCCACAGUUCCACUCCUUCAUCAUCACCAAGGAGGACGGCUCUCGGACCUACGGCUUCGUCCACACCUUCUUCGAGGAGGUGACCAGCCCACAGAUCUGCUCUGCCAUGCAGACCCUCUACCAGAUGCACAAUGCAGAGAGUGCCACUGCCAACACCCCUCCCUCCUCUUCCUCCUCCUCUUCCUCCAGCAUGGACUCCUUAGCCAGCAGUUUAGACGAGGCCGACUCCCCUACAUCCUCAUCUUCCUCGUCUUCGACUCGCAGGGCAGGUGGCUAUGACUCAUCACGGGACACCCUCUACGUGUCCAAGGCCUUGUGUCUGAUCACGCCCAUGCCCUUCAUGCAUGCCUGCCGCAGCUUCUUGUCACAGCUGCACAGGGCUGUUACUGCAGCCAUGGCCCCUCCGCUGCCACUGGAGAGCUAUGUUCACAACAUCCUGUACGAGAUACCGCUUCCCGCUCCAGGACGCUCGCUCAAGUUCCAUGGUGUAUAUGAGCCUAUCGUGUGCCAGAGGCCUGGGCUAGGGGAGCUGCAGCUGGCUGACUUCCCCCUCGCCGAGGCCUUCAGUCUGCUGGGAGUGGAGAACCUGGUCCAAGUGUUCACCUGCACCCUGCUGGAGAUGCAGAUCCUGCUGUACUCACAGGACUACCAGCGGUUGAUGACAGUGGCUGAGGGCAUCACCACCCUGCUGUUUCCCUUCCAGUGGCAGCAUGUCUAUGUUCCCAUCCUGCCAGCCUCUCUCCUCCACUUCCUGGACGCUCCUGUUCCCUACCUGAUGGGCCUGCAGUCCAAAGAGGGCACAGACCGCUCCAAACUGGAGCUUCCUCAGGAGGCCAAUCUGUGCUUUGUGGACAUUGACAACCACUACAUCGAGCUUCCAGAGGAUUUCCCCCAGUUUCCAAAUAAGAGCGAGUUCAUCCAGGAGCUCAGCGAGGUGCUGCUUAGCUUUGGCAUUUCUGCCAACACAGGGGCCCCACCACGGACCCGCACAACUCCUGGCAGUGCUCCCGGCAGCGCCCCCGGCAGCACCCCCUCCACCCCUGGCAGGGAGCGUAAGACUGUUGCUCUCCGGCAGCUGGAGGACGACGGGCGUAACGGCAACCUUGCAGGGGAGGAGCUGGCUGUGCUGGAGCUGCUGCAGGGAAAUGCUACACUGGAAAGACUACAGGCCCUGACCAAGCGCACUGGGGUGACAGUGGCCCGCGUGGACGCCCUGAGGGCUGGAGUCAAAGCUCAGGGAACUGAGGGGCAAGGGGGCCGGACUGCAGCCGAAGAGGAGGAGCUAAGGAACGCCAAGCUGAAUGUCCAGCUAAGGGAGGUGUUUGCCAGCCGCUUCACUACCAUGUUUGCAGACUACGAAGCCUUUGUCAUCCAGAGCGCCCCAGACCUGGAGUCCUGGCUCACCAACAGGGAGCAGAUGCACAACUUUGACAAGGCCUCAUUCCUGUCAGACCAGCCGGAGCCCUACCUGCCCUUCCUCUCCCACUUCAUCGAGACACAGAUGUUUGCCACAUUCAUCGACAACAAGAUCAUGUCCCAGUGGGAGGAGAAGGAGCCACUGCUCCGCGUCUUUGAUGCUCGCAUCGACAAGGCCCGCCUCUACAAUGUCCGUGCUCCCAGCCUCCGAUCCUCCAGCUACCAGAGGUGCUCCAUCCUCAAGGAGUCUGCUCAGGCCAUUGAGCAGCGGCUGAUGAAGAUCGACCACACCGCCAUCCACCCGCACUUGCUGGACAUGAAGAUCGGUCAGGGCAAAUAUGAGCAGGGAUUUUUCCCCAGACUGCAGGCCGAUGUGCUCAACACGGGGCCGACCAAUAACAAGUGGUCGCACAGGACGGUGACAGCUCAGCGAAGGAAAGACCGUCACAGACAACAGACGGAGCAUCUGGGCCUCGACAACGACCUGAAAGAGAAAUACAUGCAGGAGGCCCGCAGCCUGGGGAAGAACCUGCGACAGCCUAAACUGUCUGAUCUGUCUCCUGCCGUCAUCGCCCAGACCAACUGGAAGUUUGUGGAGGGGCUGCUCAAGGAGUGUCGCAUGAAGACCAAACGUAUGCUGGUGGAGAAGAUGGGCCGGGAGGCAGUGGAGCUGGGCCACGGUGAGGCCAACAUCACCGGACUGGAGGAGAACACUCUGAUCGCCAGCCUAUGUGACCUGCUGGAGAGGAUCUGGAGCCACGGGCUGCAGGUCAAACAGGGAAAGUCGGCCCUGUGGUCCCACCUGCUGCACUACCAGGCCCGAGAGGAGAAGCUGGAGCAGCAGCAGGCUGAGUCACCUGUGUCACAUGUCCCUGAGAGGAGGAAGUCUGACUCUUCCAUAGCGAUGCCGUCUCUACGUGUGUCGCUCAUACAGGAUAUGAGGCAUAUCCAGAGCAUGUCAGAGAUAAAGACAGAUGUGGGACGAGCAAGAGCCUGGAUCCGUCUGUCCCUGGAGAAGAAGCUGCUCUCCCAACACCUCAAACAGCUGCUGUCCCGACAAGCCUUAACCAAGAAGCUGUACAAACGUUACGCCUUCCUGCGCUGUGAGGAGGAGAAGGAGCAGUUCCUCUUCCACCUGCUUUCCCUCAACGCUGUCGACUACUUCUGUUUCACCAGCGUCUUCACCACCAUCAUGAUCCCAUAUCGAGUCGUCAUCAUCCCCAUCAAAAAACUGAGCAACGCCAUGACCACCUCCAACCCCUGGGUGUGUGUGUCAGGAGAGCUGGGAGACUCGGGCAUCAUGCAGAUCCCAAAGAAUGUCCUGGAGAUGACCUUUGAUUCUGCUUUCAGGCCUCACACACACAUCUGCGCCUUGUUCAAGUGUCAGAACUUGGGGAAGCUGACCACUGCGCAGCUGGGUCAUGAUAACGCUGGCCUUCUGGCUAAAUGGCUGGUGGACUGUGUCAUGGUGCGCAAUGAGAUCACAGGGCAUACCUACAGGUUUCCAUGUGGUCGGUGGCUUGGUAAGGGCGUGGAUGAUGGCAGCUUGGAGAGGGUCCUGAUCGGUGAGCUGGUGGUGCCUAGCGGAGAAGACGAUUCUGGGAGAGGCUGCCGUACACCCCCCCUGCAGCGCUCGCCAUCCCAGACCAGACGCAUCAGCAUCACAUCACUGUCUGGACGAGGAUACAAACCAACAUCAGCACAAAUCCAAGAGGCCAUCGGGGAGGCUGUGAAUAACAUCGUCAAACACUUCCACAAGCCAGAGAAAGAGAGAGGCAGCCUGACCGUCCUGCUGUGUGGAGAGAACAGCUUGGUGACAGCUCUGGAACAGUUCUUCCAUCACGGCUUCAAGUCUGCCCGACUCUUCCAGAAGACGAUGUUUGUGUGGGACUUUGUUGAGAAGGCUGUUGCCUACAUGGAGUCAGCUGACCAGAUGGGAGACCUUCAGGAGACCGCCGAGCCCCUGGGGAUGACCUGUCAAUCACUCUGUCACUACGUCAACGCUAUCAACUCCACCCCCAGGAACAUUGGCAAGGAUGGGAAGUUCCAGCUGCUGGUCUGCCUCGGAGCCAGAGACCGGCUACUGCCCCAGUGGCUCCCCCUGCUGGUGGAGUGCCCGGUGAUCCUGAGGAUGUAUGAGGACACAGCUUUGCUCAGAGACCGCACCACUGUCAACGCCCUCAUCGGAGUCCUGGAGACGCUCCAUGACUUUCCCAUCACACUGGAAGCCUCGCUGGUCAAAGGCGUCGACCUUUAGCCCCAAGAGACACCACUGGGCUGCAACUCAGCUCUACAUUUUCCCUCUAAAACUUCUCCUCACUACCAACAACUUCACCCACCCUUCCACUUUUAGCCUCUGGGAUUAGACACAUGACAAGGGAAGGAGAAAGUGAGGGACAAGAAAUGAAAACUGAAGAGACAUUUGGUUACCAAAGCAAAAAGUUCCACUGCUUCCUGUGAGAGUUCAGGGCUUUGGAUCAGCCAUAAGCUUGGAUGCAGUAUUAUUACCCCGCCUGUGGCUCUGAAAGACCCUUUCUAAUUGAAUUACAAGCAGUGCUUAAUCAUGUUUUAUUUCAUAAACUACAAAUCCCAAUUACCUUACAUUACUGUGUAGAAUUUUCCAGAACAAACUGUGUUUAAGGUUGAUUUGCUACCUUCCCGGCAGCCAUUCGUGACACUUUUUUUCAUUACACCAAAAAUCUUGAAGCAACGUAAAGCUCACUGUAAUCCAUCAGAGUAUUUCAUAUUUUUCCUACUGUCAAGCCCUAUAGUCCUGCUGAAGCACUGUCGCCUCACAGCAAGAGGGUUCCCGGUUCAAUCCCGGGUGUCGGAGCCCCUCUGUGCGGAGUUUGCAUGUUCUCCCCGUGUCAGCGUGGGUUCUCUCCGGGCACUCCGGCUUCCUCCCACAGUCCAAAGACAUGCAGACUGGGGAUUAGGUCAAAUGAUAACUCUAAAUUGUCCGUAGAUGUGAAUGUGAGCGUGAAUGGUUGUCUGUCUCUAUGUGUCAGCCCUGCGAUAGUCUGGCUACCUGUCCAGGGUGUAUCCUGCCUCUCGCCCAAUGUCAGCUGGGAUAGGCUCCAGCCCCCCCAUGACCCCCAAGAGGAUGAAGCGGUUAGAAGAUGGAUGGAUGGAUGGAUGGAUGUUGUUUAAAAUGUACCAACAUGUAAUGCUGAUGUAAUGUUAAGUGCUAAAAACAGUAAGCUAAUGUUAAGUUAAUGUUUCUGCAAGUUGAUUUUCACAGUGUACUAAAAAUAACUGACACAGUGGCUGCUUGGAGGGAAGAAAAUCAAACAAACAUAAAGUACGCUUUGGAAAAUUGCUGACAGUAUUGUAGAUUUAAAAACGGGGGGGGGGGGGGGGGGGGGAAACCACUGAUGUUUCUUUAAAUGUAAGUAGCAGCAGAAGACAUGGUAGCUGUGUAGCCUAGUCUGCCUUCAGAAGGUACAAAAACUGUGUGAUAGAUUUAUUUUCCUGCCUGCAACUGGCGAUUAUAGCGCCACCAUCCCUACACCCAUGUUAGCGUUAGCAUUAGCAAGCAUGCCUAUGGGACAUGGAAAGAAGAGACUAUCUCAGGAAGAGACUGAGCGAUCAGUGACACACUAGAACGAGGAUUCUGUUCUGUAACCUACUGAGUGUUACAGAGUCACCAGCUCUCCAUGCUUCUCUUUCUUUUGAUUCACUGGACUUGUGUUGGGCAUUUUCUCUUCGUUCAGCCUACGGAUGAACACAAAAACUGAUGUCAGUGAUGUGGCUCAGAGUCUGGAGCUGAACCUGUGGCUGUAUGGACAUUCCUACUGAACUACAGGCACCAACCUGGCUGUUUAAAAUGCUGUUUCCAGUGUGUGUGUGUGUGUGUGUGUGUGUGGUUCAGUGUGUGUCAUAUUUCAAGGAUGGUCAUGCUCUGGUGCAUGUUUUUGCCCUGCAUUUAUUUUUAUAUCUUUCGACUUAAUGUUUUCAAAGUGAUCAACUGGUUUCUGUAGUGUACUGUAACAGAGUGUGUGUGUGUGUGUGUGUGUGUGUGUGUGCGUGUGUGUGUGUUUGUCCUGGUAAGAGUGCAUGUAUAUCCUGGUAAGAAUGCGUGUGUGCCUCAAACAUUAAUUUAUAUUUUCCUAACAGUUAUCAAUGCCAAUAUUGUCACUUCAGUAACAGAUUAAAUGUUCAACAAAAUAAUCUGAAGUCAAGGUUCACUUACUAGCUUCCUCUGGUGGUAAAAACUAUAAAGUGGACCUUGAGUUAUGAUUAUUUUGGAAGUAUUUUUCCCAAGGUCAAGAGAGAACUUUUACGCAAGUAAGCAAAAUGUUCCUGUUUCUAAAUGAAUGUAGUAAUGACUGAGAUAGAAAUGCUAACAGUAGAGAGUUUGUAGAGAAUCAACCGCUUGCAGUUUGGUCUACCUAUGGGACAUGUUUACAUUAGCAUGAUGCAUUCACUUGAGAAAAACAAAUAAAUCUCUGUUUUUGUGUUUUUAAUGAUAUUAUUUUAGAAUUCUGGGAAAAGUUUUCAUUGAGGAAAAAGUUCAGCUUUUCUUUUAAUCAAAUUUUUUUUCUCAGAUUCAUUAGAAAGGUUUUCCAAAUUCUCUUCUUGUUUUUUUUUCUGAAUUUACAUUAUUGUCUCAGUUUCAUUAGAAAAGUUUAAAAAAAAUCUGCUUUUGUUUUUCUGAAUUAACAUUUCUAGGUCAGAUUCAUGACAAAAGUUUUUUUUAAAAUUCUGCUUGUUUUUUCCGAAUUGACAUUUUUAUGACAAAUUCUGCUCGUUUUUUUAUUUAUUCAUUUAUUUUUUUAUUAAUACUUUUGACUUAAAUUCAGAAAAACAAGAGUUUUUUUUUUUUGUUCCAUUCAAACUAAAAUGACUGUACUCUCAAGUGAAUGCAUUAGGCUUCAAUAUGUUGCAUGAAUCCUUCCAUCGAUGUGCUUUCAGUAUUGUAAUGCAACAUUUAUGUCAAACUUAACAGCAGGUGUCAGUAGUUCUUCCGUCUUGGACAUAAAAAUAAGAUAGCUGUAAUGCUUAAAUUUUAAAGGUGUUAUCCUGUUUUGGUUUUUUUUGGCAACUAAUCCCAUGACAAGACCAAGACCAAUAAGGUGUUAAUGUACGAUCAUACGAGUGAAUGCAGACAAGUGACUCAUCUGCGGAGGUCAUAUUCGUGCCUAAUGUGGGCAGUGCUGGGUGUGAUGAACACAGAAAGCUAUUCCAUUUUCAAAUGUCUAAUGCUUGUGUCCGACUCACUGCCGGUCAGACAGCAUCUCUCAUGUGGGGUGGUUUGUAUUUUUCAUGGCCAUUAUCUUUCAGUAUUGGCAACAAUCAGUGUCUCCCCCACACAUACUCCAUUGCUAUUGGUUGAGGCUGUGACUUCGCCAGUCAAAGUCCACCAAAGUUAAACUCCACGCAAAGCGAAGAUGCAAAUUUGCCUUGCUUCUGCUAGCAAUGUUUAGUUCGCCCCUCUGCUCACACUGAAUGGAAGUAAACUGGAGGCGAAUAUUCACUAGUGUUAAUUUCACACGUGACUGUAACCUUAGCCCAUUUCAAUACUUUCUGACUUCCCUGCCCUGUCUGUUAGAAAAGGCAUAAAUUAAGGAUGCAUGAUAAUUUCGGUAUGUCAUUGGCAUUGGCAGAUAUUGGCUUUAAAAUUAACUAUCAGAAUCAGCCAACAUGCUUUUUCUUAUUUUGCACAAUGAAUGAAUAUUACAUACAUUGAAAGCAUCCUAUUUCAUGUCUCCAUCUGCUGGUGGAAAAACAUAGAUAUACAGAUUAUCGGCCAAAUAAGUUGUUAUAUAUCGGCAUAUCAGAUAUCCGCAAAAAAUCCAAUAUCGUGCAUCCCUAACAUAAAUCUUUAAAACACAGGAGGAAACGGUACAUUUGUUGGGGACUAUUUUCUGCAGUGGAUGAAUACACAUUUUGUUCACAAGAGGGCAUUUACUGCAAUAGGACGUUUUUUCUUUUUUUUCUUUUUUCUUUUUUUGGCACAUGGGUAUUACUGUGUGUGUUGGUCUUUUCAUGGGAUUUGUUAAAAUGAAAACUAUAUUAGUCUUAUCCUUUUAUGUUUUAGCAUACAAUGGAUUCAUUUGAUACAAGUGUGUGAUGUUACAAGCCAGCUGAUAAUUCCCAUAUUACAUAAAUGCAACAUGACUUCUGUCAGAUUCCAAGGGAGGAACAGGAAGAAUUAAACUCAACCUUAGCAGCAGCCAGCAGAGAUGAGUGGUAACAACUAUUUUUCGUUCUCCUGUUUAACUUAAGCUGCAUGAUAGAUUUUGCCACUGUAGAGACUUACCGCCGUCUAAAUGAACCCUUUCUGAGAAAUGGUGUAAAUAUUCUCAUUAGUGCAUGUUGACAUGUAGACUGAGAUGUAUUUAUCGUGACUCUGGCUUAUGACUUCUAGAUGGAAGAUGAGUUCUGAGGCGAUAAAGUCUUUGCAACCCCAGCUCCCUGUAGUAUUUUUCUCUCUGUGGUGUAUUGAGUGUGAGGGAGCCACAGUCUGUCAUGAUUUGUUUUGAAUGUCUUGAUUUCAUGUAUUUAUUAAUUUAAUGUUAAUCCAUGGCAGGCAGACAGCAGCACUGGUAUUUUCAGGUUGAUGAAGCCUGUGGAAACAUUCAUGUCUUUAAAGCAGUAACCACUAUUUCCACUUGAUGUGUUUUUAUUAUGUUUUAACCCUGUGUUCUCCUGCUGCUGUGCCCCUAAUGCCUCACCUUAAGGACUGUCCACAGUUCCAAAGCACAAUAACAGCUCCCCCCGUCUCAUCCUGGACGUGUCUGUCUACAAACUUUUCCGCAGACGACUCAGUCUACAGGGCAGAUUUCUGGAGGAGGAGAUGCAUUUUGGACGAUUGAGAUUUCUCCUGAGACUACUGCACAAUGCUUACUGGGUGGAUUACACACCCAAGUCAUUACAUGAACACUUCAUGUAACGAGUGGUAUUAACCCCGAGUGGAUCUGCUCAAACAGGAAAUGCUAUGGACAGCGACCAGACAAAUGGAGUUUCACGUCUGUUUUGGACUGACUUCUCUGUUCUGAUAUUUAUUAUGCAUAUUUCAAUAAAAACACCCAGUGUGUCAAAGGUU